UUUCAAGUACAAUUAAGAUUAUAUUUAUAUGAGAAUUGUGUCUCAUAUAUUUUACUGUUUUCACCUAGAAAGCAAUAAUUUUAUUUGGGUAUUUUUCCUUCCCGUUAUUUUUGUUUUGUCAGGGAAUAGCUGUAUUGAUUCAAUUAUUUUAUUAUGAGCACAAAUUCAUCAUUACUUGGCGAUAAUGGACCAAAUCCAAUGGGAUUAAGGAUCGUCCUGUUCCCUAUUCAUCCCGAUGUUCGUUACAUGCCGUAUAGACUAGUUCUACCUCAUAAUUUAUACCAUAAAAUUUUUCUACGAAUGCACAGGUUUUUAUGUAUAUAAGCAAACGGCAGUCGUUAUUACAACUUGCACGACUUUUCGGAAGUUUAUAAUCAGCGAAUGAAACCAAUGUGUAGCGAUAGAUACCUUUGCACCGAUCAUUAGUAUGUGUCAUUUUGUUGUUGAAAUCAUUGUGUGGCGAAUUUUUAAUCGUGAAUUUAUAACCAACAUUUCGUUGGAAAAAAGAAACAAUCGUUUUUAAUGAAGAUUUUAGUGAAAUCUAGUAGAAAUCAUAUUACAUUAUUAUUAUUAUUUGCACAGUCGGCAACUGGUGAUAGCGUCUUAUCAACUUUUUUAUAAGAUUCAUGUGUUUUGCCUUGAUAAGAUAUUGUAAUUUAUUAACGGAGUAGACGCUUCAUUCAAAUAUUGCAAAAUGAUUUAAUGUUGCAGGAGUCAAAUAGCAUUAGAUCAUGAUUUCAAGAAAUAUCAUAAAGAGAAAAAAAAAUACGAAAUAUGUAAUAUGGUUGUGUGAAAAUAAUGUAAACGUAAUUGAAAUAUUGAUAUCGCUGCGAAGAAAGCUCACAUGUCCAACAACAUAACGUGUGACCUAUGUAUGUUCUAUUUUAGUUGCCUGAAAUUAAUAGCAAUUGGUACAAUUUGAUGCACAUUCUCUCAUUAUUUAUCAAUUAAUUUGAUACAUUAUCGUAAGCAUAUCUUUGUACAGAACGAAUAGUUCUUUCUGUUACAAUGUAUUGUGGAAACAUGCCAAACGAACUUUGAUAUAAAAUAAAAUAUCAUUGUAAUAUAUCGCAUUAUAUGUUAUCCUCCAGUAUUAGAAUAUUAAAUUUCGUGAUAUGAAUUAAGACUAAUGCGAUAUGUAUGCAAUCGGGAUAUAUUAUCUAUAGUGAUGUAUUUACACAUAAUCAUAUUUUAAUAUUUUAUUUUUGUAUAUAUCUCUCUUACAUGCACUUUCUGUGUGAAAAUUGCGAUUGCGUACAAAGUUUCUGACGAAACCUACACGUAUAAUUAAUGGAGGAUCCGUGCCGACGUAAGGUGACGACGAGAUGUGGUUACUUAGCAACGGUCUUACAAAACAGUGACGGUUCUAAGAUAUCAGGCUAACCGAGCCGUCAGACGUGGUCAGGUGUGGUCAGCUGAUACGAGGCUACGGACUUUGGAGUGGUGUUGCGUUAUUACUUGCAUUAUAUAUAUUUUACUACUAUUUUUACUAUUUUUGCGAGGUCACUGCAUUAUAUAAGACAGUUUUUUACUGACAAACGAUGGGUCCGAAGAAGGCGAAAGGGAAAAUGAUCGAUACCGUGGACGGGGCGGACACAACGAAGAUGAACAGGGAGCAAUUAGAAAUAUACGCCCAUAAGAUAUUGGAGGAGAUGGAGCGCGAGCGGGAGGAAAGGAAUUUCUUUCAAAUAGAAAGGGAUAAAUUGCGAACUUUUUGGGAGAUCACGAGACAUCAAUUGGACGAAGCUCGUGCCGUGGUCAGAAACAAGGAGCGCGAGAAGGAGGAGCUGGAGGAGAAGCACGAUGCCGAGCUCAAAUUGUACAAGCAGAAAGUGAAACACCUGAUGUACGAGCAUCAGACUAAUCUGUCGGAGACCAAAGCCGAUCACUUGGUCGCUCUGAAGUUAGCGCAGGACGAUCAUUCGAUGCAGGAGAACGAGCUCAUCAAGGACAAAACGGAACUCAAGGAGAUGCAGAAGGAGCAGGAGUUGUCGUAUAUGAACCAGAUCCGCGCGCUGAAAUUGCACCACUCGGAGGAGAUAAACAACAUCAUGAAGAGAUUCCAGUUGGAAGCGACGGAAAUGGAGCAAAAGUACGAGCAAAAGUUGACCAGUCAGUACGAGUCCUUGACACUGAAGCAUCGUAUGGAAAUCACGGAAGUAGAGGAAAGGAAGAACACUCAGAUUGCGGACUUGAUAAAAAAUCACGAGGACGCGUUCAACGAGAUGAAAACUUAUUACAACGAUAUCACGAUGAACAAUCUGUCAUUAAUUAAGAGUAUGCAGGAGCAAAUUGAGACGAUAAAAAAUAACGAGGAACGUCUAAAGAAGCAGGUGCGGGAACUGACAACGGAGAACAAGAAAUAUUCGGCCGACCUGAAGGUCUUGCAGGAAACGGUGACCGAACUGAAUCGCCAACUCGCGAAUUACGAGAAAGACAAGCAAUGCUUAAUUAACACGAAGCGGAGACUGUCUGUCGUGACGAAGGAUCUGGAGAAUUUGAAGUGGGAGAACGAGGUGCUCGAGUUGCGCUUCGAGAAGUGUCAAGCCGAGAGAGACGAGUUACACUCCAGAUUCGUCUCGGCUAUUUUCGAGCUGCAGCAGAAGACGGGCUUGAAGAACGUGCUGCUAGAGAAGAAGCUGGAAAAGCUAUCGGAUUUGCUGGAGCAACGCGAGGCGCAGAUCAGCGAGGUGUUAGCCGCUGCUCAAUUGGAUCCCGUGGCGGUGGCCACCGUGAACAAGAAACUGGAGGAUAUGCUGAACAGGAAGAACACCGCGAUACAAGAACUGCAGUAUGAAUUGGCGAAGGUUUGCAAGGCCCACGACGACUUGUUGACAACUUUCGAGAGCAAACUGCAGGAAUACGGAAUCCCCAAGACCGAGCUUGGAUUUCAGCCUCUAAGGACGAAAGUAGCCGGUGUGAAAUGGGGCUUGGGUCCAACCGGUCUCGUUACCGCGAAUCGGUAGCGCACCUAAUCAACAUUUCAUCGAUCGUCUACCAACGGAGAUUUUUUACAUCGCCUUCAUCCUAGAAAAUCGGCGCACAUGUUGCACCUUCUCAUUCACUUUAACAUUACUUUUCCGAAGAACGGAUUAAGACGCAGUGUUUCUUCAUAAGUACGACAAAUCUAAAACUUACGUUGGAUACGCUAUAAAGGAUGUACGCUCGCAUACAAACGUGAUUCCGCAAUACAAUUACACACGACGCACAGAAUUAAUUUUGACAUGGAGUAUUUUUAUUCUGUAAAACGAAUACAUAUGUCUUACGCGUUACGUUCUCAAAAGUUACAUAAAAUUAUCACAGAGAAUGUACAGAGUGUAGAUCGUAUCGAUGCCUGAAAAUUGUGUCUAAUUUGUUAUCUUUACUUCUUCACUUUGGAUCGAGUAUCUCUUGUCAAUUUGCGUCGGCUAAUUGGCAAUGAGACAUCUGUUAUCGCGCGAACGAUUAAUUUCUUUUUUAUCGUACCCAUUUUAUCAGUCCUGACCUUCUCUCGCGCGUUUCGACAUUAAUCUACAACAACUGACAGGCACCAAUACAUUGAAGAUACAUUCAUAUAUAGAUAUUAACGUAUAUAUAGAUAUAGACACAUUGACUAGUCUAGCUUGUAAAACACUUUAAGUCAAAUACAUCAGGUCACAUGGUUAAUAAAUUUCAAACACUGGCUUCUUAUGUAAAAUACUUCCUCGUCCGCGUCUUGCAUAUAAUAUAGUCCGUAAACUCUCUCUCUCUUUUUCUUUUUCUUUUAAUCCUUAACGAUUAUCUUAAUCUUAAUACUUAACGAUUAAGUUAACGAUUAAGUGAAGAAAUAAUUUAUCAUUUGCUCACAGAUUUGUAAAUAUUAUACAAUGCGUUGU